AUGAGCACUCCCUCAGCGAAGGAACUCGCGCAGAAAUUCGAACAGAUGGCGCGCGAGAACUCCACGGAUGCCACCCCACCGCCGAAGUCCACCACUAAGUCACCCAGCACCAAGAUCCUGGCGGCGAAGUUCGAGAACAUCUCCUCGGGCACCUCCGCCACACCACCGAAACCACCGAAGAAGGAGGAAAAGCAAGAGGCACCCCCAAAGUCACCAGCGAUGACAUCGCCGCUGACGUCACCUCUGGCUUCUCCCCCCGCGUCUCCUCUCAGACCCAAGAUGGCGUUCCCCCUCGGACCAAACAUGGCGGAGGAGGCGGCGAGGGCCCGCGCGACGGAGGCGUUGGAGGUGGGAAUCGAGAGGCACGAACCAGAAGAGCCGGAACCCGAGCCCGAGCCCGUCGCCGCCAAGCCCGCAAAGUUCAACCCGAAGGCGUUCGGCGCGAACCAGCCCAAGUGCCCGAAGUGCAGCAAGACGGUGUACUUCGCAGAGAGGGUCGUCGGUCUGAACGGCACCGAGUGGCACAAAGGGUGUCUUCGGUGCGAAGGUUGCGAAAAGACUCUUGGCUCGGUCGCGGAGAUCACCGACCACAAGGGGGAGCCGUACUGCAAGGUGUGCUACGCGAAGAACUUCGGUCCGAAGGGACACGGACGAGCGGGAGGAGGGACGAUCUUUCACACGGCGUAG